AUGUCCGAAGUUACAACGAGUUUAACAUCGAUGGAAUUAAAAGCUGAUCGUGAAGCAAGUGCUGUAGCUGAAGAAGUACUUAGUUCAAUUUGUAUUUUAUUUAUUAUCAAACUUGAAAAAAAUUAUUUAUUUAAAAAAAAAGGUUAUUGGUAUGGACCAAAAAUAAUUCAACAUGGUGAAUAUAAUAUCGGAACAGUUAUGAUUGUAUUUAUUAUAAUAUUAGUAUCUGUUUUUAAUUUCGGACAAGCCAGUCCACAUUUACAAGCAUUAGCUCAAGCCAGAAGUGCUGCAUCAUUUGUAUGGAAUAUGAUUGAUGAACCAUCAACAAUUAAUAAUAAUUUCGAUAAAGGAAUUAAAAAAAGUGAUUUAAUUGGUGAAACAGUUGCAUCGGUUGGCUCAUCUGGCUCGGCUACUAGUGCACUUGAUAAUGAAAGUGAAACAAUAGUUCAAGAGGCUUUAGAUCGUGCAUCUCAAGAUCGAACAACAAUUGUUAUUGGACAUCGUUUAUCAACAAUUCAAAAUGCUAAUAAAAUAAUUGCUAUGCAAAAAGGUGAAAUAAUUGAAGAAGGAAAUCAUGAAUAA